AUGCUGUGCCAGCCUAACUCUGGACCCUGGCACGUCUGUCUGCAGGGUGGAAGAAUAUCCUGCAGUGGAGCUCUCAUUGAUGAAUGGUGGAUAGUAACCUCGUUGAGUGUGUACCCAAGUAUCUCUUACCAGACCAGUGCAUCUCUUGGAGAACACGAUAUAAGUGUGGAGGAAGGCACGGAGCAGCACAUUUAUGUUGCUGAUGCGAUCAUCAGCAUUCACCUCUCCACAGCUUCACUAUGGUGUGUCUAGCACAAUAAUGAGGCUGUCUGGCCCAGCCGCUGCCCACUGCCUGGGGAGACUUGUUAUGUCAGUGGCUGGGACUCCACCAUCCCAAAUCAGUAUCAGCCUACUCACCACCUGAAGCGCGUAACUGUACCUGUUCUGGAUGAUCAGACUUGCACAAACUCCACUUUGCCUGAGUUUGUGUACUGGAGCCCAUUCAUGGCCUGUGCUGGACAAGCAAACACAAACAACUGCUUGAAGGGCAUGGGCAGUGUGAUGGUGUAUGACCACCAGCUGCAGGGUGUGCAAGGGUACAACCAAGGCUGCAGCAACCCAGCUGACCCCACCGUCUACACCAAGCUGUGCGUGUACACUGAUUGGAUCAAGCAUGUGAUGGAUGGCUACACACCAACUCUGCCAACUGAAACCACUCUGGGGAUGAUGGCAUGA